AUGAAGACCUUUACCUCUUCCUCCACCACUGCCUACGGCAUCACUGCCAUCCGCUCCGGCUCCCCCAUCCAAUAUGCCACCCUGAACGCCUCCGGCCAGAAGUUCUACCUCGGCGGCAGCACCUCGUCCUACUGCCCCAGCGAGAUCGUCAAGGAUUGCCCCCCGGGCACCCAGACCGCCAUCGCUCCCAGCGGCAACGCCCUCGACGUCGAAGUCCCCGGCGGCCAGCAGAUCUACGUCGAUCCCACCGGUGCCGUGAGCUUCACUCAGGCCCACUCUGCCUCCAUGCCCGCUGGUUCCGUGCAGGGCGGCUUCACCUUCGAGACUCAGGCCGAUGUCACUUACUGGCUCUUCAAGGGCGACGGUCUCUUGGCCUGCCCUACCUCCGACAACCGCUACCAGGUCUUUGCCCCCGUCGACAACCUCAAGGUUCCCUCCGGCAACAAGGACGACUGCUUGGGCUUCUCGGCCCGCGGCAUCCCGUACACCGAUGCUGCCCCUGCUUGGCAGUACUCUUAA